AUGACCUCUAGGAAGAAAGUGCUGCUGAAGGUCAUCAUCCUGGGAGAUUCUGGUGUUGGAAAGAUAUGGCGCAUGAACCAGUAUGUGAAUAAGAAGUUCGGUGACCAGUACAAAGCCACAAUAGGAGCAGACUUUCUGACCAAGGCAGUGAUGAUGGUGGUUGACAGACUUGUCACCAUGCAGAUCUGCGACACAGCUGGUCAAGAGUGGUUCCAGUCUCGUGGUGUGGCCUUCUGCAGAGGGGCAGAUUGCUGUAUUCUGGUGUUUGAUGUGAUUGCCCCUAAUACAUUCAAAACCCUUGACAGCUGGAGAGACGAGUUUCUUAUCCAGACCAGCCCCCGGGAUCCUGAGAACUUCCCUUUAGUUGUGCUGGGAAACAAGACUGACCUUGAAAACAGACAAGUGGCCACAAAGAGGGCACAGGUUUGGUGCUACAGCAAAAACAAUAUUCCCUACUUUGAGAGCAGUGCCAAGCAGGCCAUCAAUGUGGAGCAGGCCUUCCAGACAAUUGCUCGGAAUGCCCUUGAACAGGAAACAGAAGUGGAGUUAUACAAUGAAUUCCCUGAACCCAUCAAACUGGACAAGAAUGACUGGGCCAAGGCCUCCGCAGAGAGCUGCAGCUGUUGA